AUGUCUGCUCGAACUUUUCUUACCACUGGUAAAAAGAUUGUUGCCAUUGGUAGAAACUUUAGUGAACAUGCUAAGGAACUGGGCAAUGCAGUUCCCACAUCCCCAUUUUUUUUCCUGAAACCUACUUCUUCUUAUUUGGCUAAUGGAGGAAAUAUUGAAAUUCCAAACGGUUGUGAAGUUCAUCAUGAAGUUGAAUUGGCUGUUAUUAUGGGUAAAGAAACUCGAGAUUGUCCUGCGUCUAAAGCCAUGGAUCAUGUAGCCGGCUAUGCACUAGCUAUUGAUUGUACCGCCAGAAACCUUCAAAACGAAGCAAAAAAGAAGGGUCUUCCUUGGAGUACAGCUAAAGGAUUUGAUACAUUUUCUCCUAUCAGCGAAUUCAUACCUAAGGAUAGUUUUGUAGAUACAAACGAUAUUGAUCUUUGGCUUAAAGUGAAUGACACUAUUCGUCAACAAGGAAAUACAAAGGAUAUGAUUUUCAAGGUCCCAUUUCUUAUUGAAUAUAUCUCUUCCAUUAUGAAGCUUGAGGUAGGAGACGUUAUUUUAACAGGCACACCUUCUGGCGUAGGGCCCAUUAAGGCAGGUGAUAUAAUCACUGCUGGUAUGAAGCCGGGAAAAGCAGAAAAGGAUAUUAUUAAUGUUAGAUUUAAUGCAGUAGAUAGAAAUGGUCUAUUUAAAGCAUAG